GGUAAAUGUUAUGAACUGAUCCCCGAUAUGGGUCUUGGCAUUCGGAGCCGAACUUCUUGAUAACGUUAGUCUUGUUCAGGGCUCAGCAGAACAGCAUCUCUUUUCCACGUUUCGCGUCCCGGCUUUCCCUUUUCUCACUUCUGUUCAAGUAUCGUUCUAUUUAUCUUCUUGAAAUAUAUUAGAACAGGGAUUAUGUUCAAAAGAGAGGCCCGAGAUGGAGAUGUUGAAGAGUUGCGACUCAUGCAAGGCACGAAAAGUGCGAUGUAAUGGUAAGUCUCCCACACGUAUAAGUCAAUAACCACUACCGUGAAAUCGGUAACUUGAGGCUCAAGCCAAUCCACAGGGUACCCCGGCCCUUGUAAUCACUGCGUUCGCCGAAAGGCACAGUGCCAUUUCAGUCGUAGGAAAAUGCCCCAAAGACGAAAUGUAAACGUCGUCCUCACAUCUCCCGCGUCACCAAAAACCCAGCCCCCAAGUGCGGCUCAAGUCGCUAAAAACCCUCGGCGACCUUUGCCCGAGCUGUACGUCGACCGUAUAUUAGCCACAGCUGGAACGGCUAGAGCUCUCGGAAACGAAAAACCAUUCGCAGUUAAAGGAAUCGGACUAGUCAUCGGAAACGCCAGCUUGACUUUCUUCUCCGAUAAUCGAUUAUCAUACUUAUCCUCCCGCCUAAGGAAUGAUAAAGUAAACCGACUAAUCCAGAGAAUAUCUUCUGUGAUUGCUUCUCGACUGCAACAUCAUGCAAAUGUAGCGACUCCGGGUUCUCUGUGUGGUAUACGAGGGGAUCAGAAAGAUGCUCUUGUAUUUCCUAAUACGGCUGAGGCAAAUGCCCACAUCAAAUUAUACUUUGAGCGGGUCCAUCCCGUCUACCCCUUCCUGGAUCAGAAAGACUUCGAAGCUAUGGCUCACGCCCCUUACUUUGCUGAUCGUUUAGCGCAUAGCAAAGCACUAUACGCUCUAUAUAACGCGGUCGUCGCCUUGGGAUGCCAGGCUGGGAGUGGAGGAAAAUUCGAACCGGGUAAGGGGAGGGCCUGGCAGUAUAUGACAAGGGCACUUGCCGUCCUGCCAGACCUAUUUUCGCUACCAGAUUCUCUAGAUGUUCUCCAGGCAAUGACUGCCUUGACUAUAUAUUCUCUCAGCAUAUCAUGUAUAGCAAUAGAGCACUUCAUAUUAUCUGAAGCUGCAAGGAGAGCGCAGAACCUCGGGCGCGCCAAUUUAAGGGGCAAGGCGAGGGUUGCGUACCAUAGGGCAUUUUGGCUUCUUUAUACCGUUGAGAAGAUAAUUAACUUUCACUUUGGGAGGAAUUCCAUAUUCGUCGAUCAUGACAUCGUGAUCCCAAUCCCAUCCGUGCCCGACGCGAUUGUGGGGGAGCUCGAUUGGUUUCUCACAACUGCGAGAUACGCGCGUUUGUUGUCGAAAGCUAUGACGUCUCUGUUCUCUAUUGCCGGUACUGAGAACCCUAAAACUUAUUACCUAGCUAUAAUCGACCAAUGCGAGACCGAGUUAGAGGAAUGGCGGAUGUCGAUACCAGCUAAUAUCCGACCGAGUGAACCGUACCGGACGCACACGUUACAGGGUAUGUUGCAUCGAACAACUGCUCUUGGGAUCCAUUUACUAUACAAUAGUUUUAAAUUGAGCCUUUGCCGAGCGACACUGUACUUGGCUGCAAACACUAGUCGUGUUGUAAGCCAGGCCCGCCAGGCUGAGAGCACGAGAAAUAUGAUGGAGACAUCGCGGUCCGUGUUAGAGUUGACGGCCUUCAUUGAUGUGGAACCAAACACACCACUAUGGAUACUAGCUGGUAUUCCAAUUGUCGCUCUCUUCGUACUAUUUGAUUUAGUGGUUACAAACCCAAAACACGCCGAGACGGCAACAAAUCUAGCUCUUCUUGACAUGGGUGGCGGCCACUUCAGUAGGCUUGAGUAUGCGAGUGGUGGUGGCCUCCCUGGCUCAUUGAUUGGCGAGUUUGCACAUAUUGCUCGCGAGUAUGUGAAUACCAUAAAGAGAGAGGGCAUAUCGAAUCAGAUUGUUGAUAAACAGUCACACGUAUUGACGAAACCGCCAACCGAGACAUCAAGAUCUCUUGGUAGAACCGAGCAACCACCUCGUGAGAACGGUAUCUCUCAUGUAUUAGAUCCAUCUCCAAACGUCGAGUCAGAGCAGGUACCAGAACAUAUUUUCGACGGCGAUGCAUCCUUACCAAUCGAUGAUGCCCUAUUCUUCCCAAUUAAUGACGGAUACUUUGAAAUGGACGAUGAAGUCCCUCUCGGUACCGAUAUCAUGGAUCUUUUUAACUCAGCCAUGCCGGGUAUAGAUCCGUACUAUAACCUAAUGAUAGGUGGCGAUCCUCAAGGUUAGGGUGUUUUGAGUAGGAAGUAAAGGGGCGGAGUUGGGUCGAUUUAACGACGAAGAGGUCAGGUUUUACGUAUAUUAUAUAUUGAGUUUAUUGUAUGGUAAGGUUGCUCCUGUUUUGUAGCAUUAAUAAUUGUGUAUUAGAACAAGAGAUUCUAGGAGUUAGGGAAGUCCCGCUGCUCUUGUUACAGAGUUGCGCGUUAAAGCUUAGG